CCCACGCGACACCGGAAUUGUCACAAUUACGAGCGCUUUGUGAGAGCACGCGUAUCCAACACUCAACAACAUGAACGAACAACUCAAAUCUCCGACUAGAGACUGGAUACGACCCGACGCGCCGUCACGUUGCACAUGGACGAGAGAAAAAGAUGACAAAAAGUCACCACACAGCCGACAAAACAGGUCACCAAAUCCUCACAUCUUGCCCAACAUUCUUCAUCACAUUGGAGAGACACCACUCGUAAGGAUCAACAAGAUCGGAGCCAGCUACGGCAUCAAGUGUCAACUCUUGGCUAAGUGUGAGUAUUUCAAUGCUGGAGGGUCGGUGAAGGAUAGGAUUGGUGUUCGAAUGAUCGAAGAUGCUGAAAGAGAUGGGAAGCUGAAACCGGGAGAUGUGAUUAUUGAACCAACAUCUGGAAACACAGGGAUUGGAUUGGCUCUGUCUGCAGCAGUAAAAGGCUACAAGUGUAUUAUUGUUAUGCCUGAAAAGAUGAGCAAUGAGAAGGUUGAUGUCUUGAGAGCUUUGGGAGCAGAAAUUGUUCGUACACCCACAUCAGCAGCUUUUGAUUCUCCAGAGUCACACAUUAGUGUAGCACAACGACUCAACAAGGAGAUACCGAACUCAAUAAUACUCGAUCAGUAUCGAAAUGCUGGUAAUCCACUGGCACAUUAUGAUAAAACAGCCGAAGAGAUAAUAGAACAAUGUGAAGGUAAACUUGAUAUGAUAGUGUUGACGGCUGGAACAGGUGGAACAAUUACUGGUAUUGGACGAAAAAUUAAAGAAAAACUUCCUUCAGUCAAGAUCGUAGGUGUGGAUCCUCUAGGCUCAAUAUUGGCAGAACCAGAUUCACUAAAUGAGUCUGGUGUGAGUGUAUACCAGGUUGAAGGAAUUGGAUAUGAUUUCAUUCCUACAGUUUUGGAUCGAAGCGUCGUUGAUUGGUGGGUAAAAACGGAAGAUAAAGAGUCGUUUGUUCUUGCAAGGAGAUUGAUAAGAGAAGAAGGAUUGCUGUGUGGUGGUUCAAGUGGAUCUGUUAUGGCUGCUGCAGUGCAAGCAGCAAAGGACCUAAGAGAAGAUCAGCGUUGUGUUAUGCUGUUGCCAGACUCGGUUCGAAAUUACAUGACAAAGUUUUUGUCUGAUGACUGGAUGACAGAACACGGUCACCUGGAGAAGAUAGAAGAUGAAACAGCAAAGAGGCCUUGGUGGUGGCGACAGACUGUUGGAAAUUUGGAUCUGAAGCCUCCGAUUACGGUUGAGCCUGGUGUGACAUGUGGUAACUGCAUUGACAUUCUUAACAAACAAGGUUAUGAUCAACUUCCAGUAGUCACUAGUGGAGGUGAUAUACUAGGAAUGGUGACGUUGGGUAAUCUGCUUGCAAAAGUAUUAAGUGGAAAGGUCAAACCGUCUGAUCCUGCAACUGAUAUGCUCUACAAGCAGUUCAAAAAGAUCCACCUGUCAACGUCACUGGCUGAUUUAUCACGCAUCCUAGAGAAAGACCACUUUGCCAUUGCCGUUCAAAAACAGACAGUUUAUUCUGGAACCAAAGAAGCAAUCGAGAAACAGAUGAUAGUCGGUGUGGUAACUGGUAUUGACUUGUUGAAUUACAUUACUCGUCAGGGCGUGACAACCGAUUCAACGUGAACGUUUAGCUGCCUGAAUCGACAGUCUUCAUGCUGGCAAAUAUACAAAUUAUCAAUUAUUAGUUUUUGUGUUGUUGCUAUGUAAACACAAGAGAGUCACAUUGCGAGUUGACUAUGACAUGUGACUUACAAUUAACACGCAAAUGGGUGGAAAUAUGGUGAAGUGACCGUG